GUCCGGCUAGGGUGUACACUUGCAAGAUGGCGGCGCGGUGGGGAGCAGGCGAGGAGACUUUAACUGCGUGCAAUAUGGAGUUUUUCCCCAUGGAUACACUAGACGAGUCUGCUGUGCUGAGCUCUGGAGAAACUCUGGAGGCCCUUCAAAGCUGCUUAGACCCCUCCAUCCUCUCUAUCUUUGAGGACACGCCAGCAAUAGAGACUAAAGGACUGGACGAGGAAAGUGAAGCCACGCUGCUAACCGCCCUGACGGAGAUCCUCGACAAUGUGGAUGAUGAGAACCUGUCCCCGUUUGACACACUGCCUGACUCAGACCUGCUGUCGGGUCAGAAGGGCAGGGAACACUCUCCGCUGAGGAGAUUGCUGUGUCUGUCCCGUUCUCCUCCAGAGAAAGACGCACUAUGUAACGCGAGACCCUUAUCGACUGGAAAGAGCCUCCCCAGGAUGCAGCCGGACUCUCUCCAGAGGAGUGAUGGGGAGGAAGAGGAAGAUGGCUCCCUCACCCUCAGCCCAGUGAGGCAUGAUUCAUCUCAUGACAAUGACCUGCUGGGCUGGGAAGGUCUGACCCCCUCACUUCCCGUCACCUUUGAGCAGGAGGGGGAGGAUGGUGUUUCAGUUAGCCUGGGGGACCUGGUCAGGCAUAUGCACCCAUACUGUAUGGCCAUUUGUGUGGAGAAUGACGAGGGGGAACAGAUGUUGCCUGAAGGAGGCAUCUUACUCGAGGUUGUGGACCAGGGGGAAAAUGGAGAACCCAUCCUGGCCAUCCCAGACAUGGAUCUCCCGGUCUCUCUGCCACUUACAGAGCAGUCUUCAGAAAAUGAAGGGAAAGUUUCAGAUGAAGCAGAAGAUGUGGCCUCUGACAGUUCAGAGCAUAUAGUCGUUGAUGAUGAUGAUGAUGAUGAUGUAACAGUUAGCGUGGCUCCAGUGAAAGUGACACCAGACCUAUGUGCAGAUGUGAAAGAUAAGAUGAUCAAGAGACAGAAGGAAGAGAUCAAAGCGACAAGUCCCUCCCGGAGAAAAAAGAAAAAGAAAUGCAAGGAGCACUUCCAGCCCAAACCUGUGGAGGGAAGGGUCCUUAGGAGUGGCACAGUAAGGAAUACAGAGCAGGACUCACCCAGAAAGGCAGAAAAGAGAUUGAUCAAAGAAGAGAAGAAACACAAACUCCCAAAGGUUCCCCUUGCCUCGACCACUUCUUCCUCUGUAAAACCUAAGAAACUAAAUCCAUGCCCGACUGAAACACAAACCAAAGUCACCAUUACAACACUAUUGGCUGAAACAAAAAUGGAAGUUGCCACACCUGUGUCAUCCAGAGAGAAAACAGCUCUGUUAAAUGCUAACCCUGAGAAGAGUCAGCGUAGUGAUUCGCCCACAGUGGUGAGCUGCCAACAGCUUGAUGAAACUCCUGAACAGCCGGCCCCCGAGAAGCUGCAAGACUCAUCAGCAGCUCCCUCUGCUGUUCUGCCCCCGGUGUCUUCAGAGUACCCUGCAGCUGCUCUCAGUCCCGUAACACCUCAGAUGACACCACCUGUUGGUGAGGCCCUCCCUCCUGUUGCCCCUGCAGUCCCCGACCCAAAGCCCAAAUCCCUCAGUCUAGCUGAGUACCGGCGGCUCAGACAGCAGAAAAAGCCAGCUCUGGUGGAAAACAAAGACAACAGCAACAGCACCAGGUGGCCCAGUCUACCUGAGCCCCCUAAAGAGCUUCUCCCUAUUCCCUGCCUGCCUGACCCCAGCCUCAUGGAUCCCCGACGCCCCAACCCCCAGGUGGCGAAGAAGGAAGUGGAAGAAGUCAGACCUGCCUGGCAGCCAAGGGGACCAUGUGCACCUCCCACCCCUGAGGCUCUGUUGGUGCCACCAGCCUACAUGGUUGCCUCAUCCAGCAAGGCUUCAGCUGCUGUUCCUGUUCCUAAACCUCAGCAAACACCUGAACCUUCCAAACCCUCUUCACCCCAGAAGCCCUCAGUUCCCGACCCAACUCCUGUGAACAAUGUACCCACACAUCAGCAUAUCACUGCAGAACCUAGCAUGCCUCAGAGCUCUGGGUCUCCAGCUCCUGUAAAACCCGACACUCAGUUCAUGGCGUUAGCAGAUAGGAAAUGUUCUCCUGCACUUUCAGGGGCAAAGGGUGGAGUCGACGAAAGGCCCCAAUCUCAGACUGUGUCUUCUAAGUCUGUAGAGCUCACUAAAACCACUACAGAGGUGAUGAAACCUACCGCUGCUACCGUGUCUGCACCCAGUGCCUCCCAGAAGAUCACCGUUGUUUUUAGGAAUGUGCCAGACGUCACUGCUCCUACAUUGUUGGAUAACCCAAUCAGAUCUGAUAGCAAGUCCGCCAAAGCUGCAGCCAAUGGUACUAAAGUCGCCUGCACUACUCAUCCCUCAGACUGCCAGAGUCUAAAUGCAGAACCUGUUGUGCUUGAAACUAAAGAGAAACCCACUACAGCUGUAAAGCCCCAAAGGGCAAGAAGCCCCACACAGGAGCUGAUUGAGGCCUUCACCAGUGAGAUAGGUAUUGAAGCAGCUGAUCUGACCAGCUUGCUGGAGCAGUUUGAGGAAACCCAAGCCAAAGAGGAACAAUGUGUGCCGGAGGUCUCUGGUAGAGCAGCAGCUGUAGGAAACUCUAGUGUUGAGUUGGCUCCAGAGAAAACAGUCGUGGAGCGUGUUAGAGCUAAUGACCUCUCAAGUACUGCAGCUCUUACUCCUCCAGCCACUCCACCCCACCAGAUGUGGAGACCCCUGGUUCCCGUGGCCCUGCUGGGGAAGAGCAAGGCCGCUGAAGCCUCCAAGUCAAGCCCCUCCAAGGUUAUCCAGAUUGAGGCCCGGCCUCUGCCCUCAGUCAGGUCCCGCAGCAAGCCCACUCCUGCUGCUGCCACUGUCGCCCCCGAAGUGGCAUGCAUAGACCAUGACUAUUGCCUCCCCAACAAAGGCACUGGAGAGCCAGGCAGGCGCUGGAAUGUCAAACAGCCAUCUUUUAUCACUAUUAAACCCAUCAAGCCCACUGCAACCACUACACAAACACCCCCAGCUGCCCCAGAAUGGUCUGGCCAGUCUACCACAAACACUGCUGUUAUAACCAAAGCACAAGUUUUCCCAAUGACAGAGCCCCUGGAUCACAGGACUGAUGGGAUGGAGACGAGCUCUGUUCUGGAGACUCCUGAUGCUUCGCCUGCUCGGCAGGAGACUGAUACCACCGUUAAAGAAGGAAGCCCCAGUAGAGGGCCUUUUGGGAGGUCCUACCGUCAACAUGCUGCUCGUCGCACACCCAGCCCCAGAUCUAGUCCCAAAGAGAGGACUGGGGGCCGGUCUAGAAAAAGAAGAUCCCAUCGUUCUCCCAGCCCUAUGUCCAGCAGUUCAGAGUCAAACUCCCAUUCCUCUAGAUCUCGGUCUAGAUCACACUCUCCAUCUAAAAAAAGAUAUCGUUCCAGCUCCUCAUCCCGUUCCUCCUCUCGAUCCUCUCCCUCAGUGUCCCGCUCCCCUCCCAGGAGGAGGAGGAGAUACUCCUAUUCCUCCUCUCACUCUGGCUCUUGGAGUCGCUCCAGGUCGCGGUCUGGGUCACCUAAGAGACAAGCACAGUGGAGUAGAAGCAGAAGAUUACACAGGCCCGACUAUGGUCUCAGUGCAAAGACGAAUGUGGAGAAUGUGAAGAAAUGCAAGGAGAAAGCCAUCGAGGAGCGUCGUGUUGUUUACGUUGGUCGAAUUCGGGGAACGAUGACCCAAAAAGAACUUAAAGAGCGCUUCUCAUUGUUUGGUGAGAUUGAAGACUGCACCCUGCACUUUAGAGACCAUGGGGACAACUAUGGGUUUGUGACUUAUUACAACAACAAGGAUGCUUUCAUGGCCAUCGAGAAUGGAAGCAAGCUACGCAAGCCCGAUGAGCUGCCAUUUGAUCUCUGUUUUGGUGGAAGGAGACAGUUCUGCCAGACCAGCUAUGCUGACCUGGAUUCGAGUAGAGAGUACGAUCCGUUGCCUGCGAAAGGCAAGUUUCAUGCACUAGACUUUGACACUUUACUGAGGCAGGCCCAGCAGAAUCAGAAGAGGUAACAGGAGGCCUGCAGCAGGAAGCAGCUGACACUUACCUCAGAGCCAACGGUUGGCUCCUCACCUGCAACACUGUCUUUACAUUUUAGUUGUUGCAUUACCUUUGCAUAAUUUUGUUUUGUUUUAUUUUGUUUCUGCAAGCUAACACCUUCUAUUGAAGUGAAGAUUUGUAAUGAAAGUAUUAAAAGAAAAAAAAAGGAAUAAGUAAAAUUAAAUAAUUUUUAAAGUUUAUUUAAAUGUAAAAUCAAAUCUGAAUUGUAUGGCGAGAAUCAUUUUUAAAAUGGAAAGGUAAGUGGAGUGGAGCUCCCUAAGUACUGGGACAGGUUGUAAUACAUGUGAAU